AUGUAUGCUUUGCCAACCACACCCACUGCCCCAACACACGGCACCAUCCUCUCCGUGAGCGGCACCCGGGUGAGGGCCGAGGGCCUUGGGGCGGUGGCCCAGAACGAGCUGGUGCGGCUGGGCCGCGACGGCAUCUGGGGCGAAGUUGUCCGGCUGGAGUCGACCGGUCGUGGCGCGGUGGUGGCCGCCAUCGAGGCCUUCGAGGACCCGGCCGGCCUGGCAGUAGGCGACCCCGUCGAGCCCACCGGCCGCCCGCUGUGCGUCGAGCUCGGCCCGGGCCUGCUGGACCACAUAUUCGACGGCCUCCAGCGACCGCUCGACGUCAUCAGCACCCUGCCACCACCACAUGGCGGUUUGCGACACAAACUAGACAACGACACGCGUGUACGGUCAGGCGCUGACAACACGUGCGCGUUCGUGCCGCGCGGCGUGAAUCUGCCGUCGCUCGAUCGGGAGCGUAGGUGGUGCUUCGAGCCGACAGGCGAGUUCUGCGUGGGCGACGCCAUCGCUGGCGGCGACAUCUACGCCACCGUGCGCGAGACAUCGCUCUUCACCCACCGCAUCAUGAUGCCGCCCGACGAGCCCGGCGGCCGCAUCACCUUCAUCGCCGACCGGGGCCACCACUACACCAUCAAUGACGUCGUGCUCGAGGUCGUUGUUCAGGGGUCCACCACCAGGCGCCGGUACACGAUGAUGCAGACGUGGCCCGUGCGCCGGGCGCGGCCCGUUGCAGCCCGCAAGCAGCUCGAGAAGCCGCUCAUGACCGGCCUGCGCAUGCACGAUGCGCUCUUCCCGUGCGCCGUGGGCGGCACGGUGGCGCUGGCCGGCGGCGGCGAGAACGCGUCGAUGGUGACCUGGACCCUGGCCAAGAACGUGCAGGCCGACGUCGGCGUCUACGUCGGCUGCGGCCAGCGGUCGACCGACCUAGCCUGUCUGAUUGCUGACCUGACUAAUAUCAGCACGCCCGAUCCCGACGCUGGUCGCGAGGUGCCACUGCUGAAGCGCACGGUGGCGGUGGCCAACGCGGCUGACGCGCCGCUCGCAGCGCGCGAGGCGUCGGUCCACAUGGGCCUCGUCAUCGCCGAGUACUUCAGAGACCAGGGCUGCGAGGUGUCGCUCACUAUCGACUCGCUCUUCCGCUGGGCGCAGGCCACCGGCGGCGACGCCUGGAAUCGUCAGCAGCCGAGUACGCCGCCCGAGUACGACCCGCGCAGCGCGGGCCAACAGCAGCUGAAGACCCAGAUGGAGGCUCUGUACGCCCGCGCGGGCCUGUUUGUUUGCGAGGGCGCGCCGGCCCGGGAGGGCUCGAUCACGAUCGUCGGCAUAACGGCCGACUCGGGCCGCGAGUCCUGGAACGUGCCCGACGGUGUGGAUACGGUCGAGCAGGCGGCCAUGGAGGCGGCGCAGGUGGUGUGGGUGCCCCACAAGACCGACUUCCAGGCCCUGGCCUGGAGCGGCUCGGGGUCGUCCUGGCUGGUCGACGACUACUACCGCCUACACAUCGCCGAUGACUUUGCCGACAUGGGACAGGCUUGUAAGCAGCUGCUCCUCAGGGAGACCGACCUCCUGGUCAAGGCCCGGCGCGAGGCGCUGAGCGAGGCCGAGCUGGCCAGCGUCGCCGUGGCCACCAUGUUCCGGCAGGACUUCGUGCGCCAGAACCUCUACGCGCCCUACGACUGCCGAUGCCCGCUCGACAAGACGGCCUGGAUGAUGCGCAACACUCUGCUCCUCCACUCGCUCGCGCAGGCCACGCUUGCGGCGUCAGCCGCGGCCGCCAACAGAACGAAGCCGGCCAAGACGUGGAAGGAGAUCGAGGAGGCCCUGAGCGCCCACCUCUAUCGGCUCAUGUGCAUGAAGUUCGAGGAGGACGACUACUGCCGCAAGUUCGAGGCGCUCGGGGAGGAACUACGGGAGGCGUUUGCGAACCUCGGCUGCCCGGGCUACCUGUCCUCUUUCUGA